AUGCCGCCCCCCAAGACCCCCGGGACCCCUUUCCACAUCGAAGCGAUCCUCGCCGCCCCCCCCCGGCCCGGCCCCGCCGCCCCCUGCCCGCAGCCCCCGCGCUGGCCGGGGCCGGGGGCGCUGCCGGGGGCUUGGGGUUGGGGUUGGGGCUGGAGCUGGGGAGGCAGCGGCGCAGGUCUGGAGUUGUCUCACUGCGUAGGGACCGAUCCCCUGGGCCCCGCUGGGCCCUGGAGGCCCGGGGGGCCCUGCAAAAUGAAGAGGGUCCGCACGGUCUUCAAACCAGAGCAGCUGGAGCGGCUGGAGCAGGAGUUCCUCAAGCAGCAGUACAUGGUGGGCACGGAGCGGGUCGACCUGGCUGCAACUCUGCAUCUCACGGAGACGCAGGUGAAGGUCUGGUUCCAGAACCGGAGGAUCAAAUGGAGGAAGCAGAGCAUGGAGCAGAAGAAGGCGAAGCUGGCGCAGUUCGGGGUGAUGCAGCCCACCUCUGCCGACACGACAGACACCAAGGACCACGAGGAGGACACAGUGGACGUCGAGCUUUGAGCAGCUGGUGGGAUUCAGCUGCCACUUGUUUUUUACAGGUGUGCCUGCCUGAUGGGAGGUACAAUUUUGUGCUUGUUUGGUCCAAGCUAGACUUAAAUCUCUCAGUCUGAGAGAAAUGCAGCUUGGCCCCCCCAAGCGCAGAGACCCCAUCGUUCCUGGGGCUCAUCGCCAGGCCAGCUGCAAUGCUGGUGCCAUGGUUGUGGCAAGGCGUGUGUGUGAUCUCGUUUGUUGAAGUGCCAGGGAGCACAAACAGUUCCUGUUAAAAGAGGCUGGGGUGACGAUCGGGUGGUGUCUGUGCAGGCUGUGAGCGUGAGGGCAUUUGCACACAGGGUGUUGCAGGUGACCGUGUGCUCCUAAGAGGGGAAACCCAUGCUGGGAGGAGAACCAGCCCUGGUUGUUUCUCCUGGAUAUCUGGAUUCCCAUGUUUGAUACUGAGAUCACAACAAAAAAAAAAGCAAAAGCUGUGAAGUCCUUUGCUCCCACCCGUGGUAUCUUUAUUUGUAUUUCCGUUCAUAUAUUAUCCUUGCAGUAUGAUGAACAGGGUCUGGGCCUGCCCCUGGAGCAGAAGUGCCUCCUAUCUUGUGCCUUGCUGUAUUUUUGCCUUCGUUUUGCCUUCCCAAACCCCCCGUGGGUCUCUCAGCUUUCCGACACUGCCUUCCUUCCCCACGGUGCUGCAGCAGGGAACAAGGCGCUCCCCCAGCUUGCUGAGGUUCGGGAAUUUAUAAAACCACAGCUUUCCAACACCUCUGCUGCUUCAGACGGCCCCCUGCCCCUCGGCCAGAUGUGCUGAUCCAGGCCCAGACGGCGGCUGCUGCUCUCUGCUCUCCUCGUUACACACCACGGUGCUGGGGGAAGCAGCACCUGGAGUGCUUGGCGAGCACAUCUGCAACCCCGUGCUGCUGUGUGGUGGGUGGAAGGGCUCCGAGGGGCUGGUGAUAAAUAAUUAUUUGGGCUUUCCUGUCUGUUUUAGUAAUUCUUUGGGUCCACACCAGCAGCAGCUAAAACUCUGGCUGUCACCUUGCAGUCCCAGGGUGCCGCGAGCUCAGGAUAAUUCAUCGUGCCUCCUCCUGACCCCCAACACUGUAUAUCACUUUACUCUUUUAUUAUUUAUAGAAAUAUCCUUUUUCUUGUUAAGUGUUAUUUAUUUGCUUUGUUUCUUAAUAAAAAUAGCGUGUUUUAAAAAAGAAAUGGGACUGGGUGGGGGAUGGCAGGGUUUGGCAUCACCUUGGUUUUGAGGUGGGCAGCGAUGGCUUGGUGGCUUCUUGCCCCGCAGAUGCUGAAGAUGGGCUAUCCAUCCUUUCUGUUGUGCUUGGUUUUCCGUGUUUUCCAGGAAAUUGAUUAAAAAAUAAAUAAAAAAUGGAAACCUC